CCAACAGGGAGACGCUCACCUACGCUCAGGCUCAGCGGAUGGUGGAGCUGGAGGUGGACGGCCGAGUGCACCGCCUCGGCAUCUAUGACAAGCUGGACGUCAUCGCCGACGAAGACCCCAUAGCCCAGGAGAUCACCGAGUGCAACAGCAACAAGGAGAACAACGAGAAGCCCCAGCAGGUCCUGGUUCGCUCCGUGCGCCUGAAAAUUAACCAGCAGAAGAAGAAGCCUGCUCUCUCCACGCCGCACAGCAACAGCCCUAGCAACAGCACCGGCAACCUUCUGGAGCCAAAAGUCAGGACGGUUGAAUACAAUCUGCCGGUGGUGCCAAAACGGCCGUCACUUUAUUACAAAUACACAGAGAAGACGGCAGAGGAGCUGGACGAGGAGGUGGAGUACGACAUGGACGAGGAGGACUACGCCUGGCUCGAACUCAUGAACGAGAAGAGGAAAAGUGAGGGUGUCAGCCAGGUGUCCCACAACCUGUUUGAGUUCCUCAUGGACCGCUUUGAGAAGGAGUCCUUUUCAGCCACUCAGGGUCAGAGUGACCUGCAGUCACAGGUGGACGAAGACGCCGUCUGCUGCAUCUGCAUGGAUGGAGACGGAGCCGACAGCAACGUCAUCCUCUUCUGUGACUCGUGCAACAUCGCCGUGCACCAGGAGUGCUACGGCGUGCCCUACAUCCCUGAGGGUCAGUGGUUGUGUCGCCACUGCCUGCAGUGUCCGUCGCGGCCGGCGGAGUGCCUCUUCUGCCCCAACCGAGGAGGAGCUCUGAAGAAGACGGACGAUGACCGCUGGGGUCAUGUGGCGUGCGCUCUGUGGGUGCCUGAAGUCGGGUUCUCUGACACGGUUUUUAUCGAGCCCAUAGACGGGGUCCGCAACAUUCCUCCUGCCCGCUGGAAGCUCACCUGCUACCUGUGCAAGGCCAAGGGGGCUGGCGCUUGUAUACAGUGUGACAAAAUCAACUGCUACGCCGCCUUCCACGUCAGCUGCGCCCAGAAGGCCGGCCUCUUCAUGAGGAUGGAGCCUGUGAGAGAACUGAGCCAGUCCGGUGCCAGCACCUUCUCUGUGAAAAAGACCGCCUACUGCUGCAGCCACACGCCGCAGGGCUGCGACCGCCGGCCCCUCAACAUCUACCACGAGCCUCACCCCAAAAACGGAGCCUGUCCUAAGAGGUCUGACAAGAGGGGCAAGGCUCGGUCCAAGGGCUGGCACAAGAAAAAGAUGAGGAAAGCAGAAGCUGAAUGUGAGACCCCAGCUACCUGUGGGCCUAGCAUCACUGCUUCAAGUUUCGACACGAUCCUGAACCAAGUGGCCGUUCAGAGAAAGCGUCAGUUUGUUGAGCUGGUUCUGAGCUACUGGGGGCUGAAGAGGCAGUCGAGGAACAACGUCCCCCUGAUCCGCCGGCUGCAGGCCAACCCUCAGCCCUCUAAAGCCCGACAGCACGCGGACCGCGUGGAGACGAACCAGGCGCUGAGAGAGCAGCUGAAGGUGUGGCACCGCCUCCGCCACGACCUGGAGCGCGCUCGACUCCUGCUGGAGCUCAUCAGGAAGAGGGAGAAGCUGAAGAGGGAGGAGCUGAAGCUGCAGCAGUCGGUUCUGGAGGUCCAGCUGACCCCCUUCAGCAUCCUGCUGAGGGCCGUUCUCAGUCAGCUGCAGGCCAAGGACCAGUCCAGCAUCUUCGCUCAGCCCGUCAGCAUCACGGAGGUCCCUGACUACCUGGACCACAUCAAGAACCCCAUGGACUUCUCCACCAUGAGGAAACGAAUCGACUCUCAUGACUACAGGAGCCUGGAUGAGUUUGAGGACGACUUCAACCUUAUCAUCACUAACUGCAUGACGUACAACGCCAAGGACACGUUCUUCUACAAGGCCGCUCAGCGCAUGCAGGACUACGGAGGAGUCAUCCUCCGGAGAGCCCGCAAAGAGUCCGACAGGAUCGGCUUUGACUUCCCCAGCUGCCUGCACUCGCCUGAAGCCCCUAAGUUGGAGCCACCACCUCACUUCUCCUGGGAAGAUGUGGACCGCCUGCUGACCCCCUCCUACCAUCAGCUGACCCCACUGAAGGAUCAGCUGAAGGAGCUCUUGGAGAAGCUGGACCUGAGCACUGCCAUGAAGAACAGCCCAUCCCGCAGUAAGAGGCUCAAACUGCUCAAAAGAACUAUAAUGGCGGUCCGCAGUGAGAUCAGCUUGAAGAACGCCCCCCCACCACCGCCCUCCACCUCAGGUGCAGUAACAGCUGCCAGUCAGUCAGAGGAGGAGCCACCACCAGAAGCCCGAGCGCACCCCCUACCUCCACCACCGUUAGAGCUAACUUCACCAUUUCAGCCUCAAAUGUCGCCCAGCAGCUCGGAGCCGCCUUCUCUCAAGCCCGUCCCCCCCUGUUCAGACGGGACCCUCAAGGAGAUCGAUGACGACUCCAACACAUCUACCUCAGUGCCUGUGAACAUUUGCAACGGGCACGUUCCAGACCAGCUCCUUCCCAACGGCAACGAUCACAUGGAACCAUCCAGAACUUGCAACCGACGGACCAACAUCCUCUUCCGAAAGUCCAAGAGUGCCAGUCCGCAGAAACCACCCGAGGGCCAAGAGGCAUCUGCUGUGUCGGCACCGCCUCCCCUGGGGGCCAAAACCUUCCUGUCCGUGGUGAUCCCUCGACUGGAGACACUCCUCUUGCCCAAGAAAAGAACUCGCCGAAGCAGUGCGGACAGCGAGGAGGACGAGGAGGCACCUGUGAAACGUCUCAGCACAGGAGUAAUGAACGGCUUUGUGACAGAGGAGAAGGUGGUGUCCUCGUCGCCUCGGCUGCUGGAGCCACGUCGCCGAUGUGCCUCAGAGUCCAGCAUUUCCUCCAGCGGCAGCAUCUUCUGUGGCACGGGUACCGUCAUCGUGUCCAAAGGCGGUAAAUGGCGACCGGCAGCAGCUCGACGAAACACUGUAGACGACAAAAGCACUCUGACCCGGGUGGAAAACGGAGAUCUCAGCAAUGCUACCAAUACCUGUUCAG